GAGUAGUGUGGUAAAGAAAGAGAUGGUAAAGAAAUGAGAGCAAGAGUCUUCUUCUUCUCCUCAACAGUUCCUUCUCUAACUCUCCAAUCCUCUGCUACUCGCUUCCGUACACCCUCGUUCCUUCCCCACCGUCGAUUUCACCUCCUCCUUCAACGUACAAUCACUCAAAGCACAACUCUCUCCCCCAAUUCAACCCCCCGUACUACACUUACUCCAUUUGCUUCAAUUUCGUCAAUGUCUUCCUCUUUCUACCCGGAAAAAGCUCGGGUUCCUCCAGCGAUCCAAUCGCCUACUCCUCCCAUCACUAAGUUUAAAAUUGGAUUAUGCCAAUUGAGAGUAACUGCCGACAAGCUAAGGAACAUUUUACAUACUCGUACUGCAUUAGAGGAAGCUGCCGCGAAGGGCGCAAAGCUUGUUGUGUUGCCCGAAAUAUGGAAUAGUCCAUACUCGAAUGAUAGUUUUCCAGUGUAUGCUGAGGAUAUUGAUUCCGGUUUCGAUGCAUCUCCAUCGACAGCAAUGUUGUCUGAAGUUGCGCGUCUUCUUAAAAUUACGAUAAUCGGAGGUUCGAUUCCGGAAAAAAGUGGCGGGAAAUUGUAUAACACGUGCUGUGUAUUCGGACCCGAUGGAAACCUGAAAGCUAAACAUCGUAAGAUACAUCUUUUUGAUAUCGAUAUUCCUGGGAAGAUUACGUUCAAGGAAUCGAAGACUCUUACAGCUGGAGAAACUCCCACUACAGUAGACACAGAGGUUGGUCGAAUUGGAAUAGGUAUCUGCUACGACAUUCGAUUUCAAGAACUGGCUAUGCUUUAUGCAGCAAGAGGUGCUCAAUUGAUUUGCUAUCCUGGAGCAUUCAACAUGACUACAGGACCUCUGCACUGGGAAUUACUACAACGGGCACGGGCUGUGGACAAUCAGUUAUACGUAGCAACUUGUUCGCCUGCUCGAGAUGCUGAUGCUGGAUAUGUUGCUUGGGGUCAUUCUACACUCGUCGGCCCUUUUGGAGAAGUGCUGGCCACAACCGAACAUGACGAGGCAAUAAUCAUAUCAGAAAUUGAUUAUUCGCAGAUUGAACUUAGGAGAACAAACCUUCCAUUAGAGAAGCAAAGACGAGGCGAUCUUUACCAGCUGGUAGAUGUCCAAAGAUUGAACUCCGAAUAAAUAAUAAUGCAUUCGAAAGAACCUCUAUUAAUAAUCGAGUUCAACGAAUCGAAUCCAGGGAUAUAAUUGUCUUUUUCCCUCUUGGUUUUCCGAUUUUGAAUUUCUAUAAAUUCUUUGUUUCUUCGGCAGCAGAGCCAAAUAUUCAGUGUCUCUUAAAUGGUUGAUGAAAAAAA